AUGGACGGCGACCGCGCCAGCCGCAUAUACGCGGUGCCCGACUCGCCCACGGUGAAGCUCACCAUGGGCCUGGAGCCCUUCAACGCGCUGGGCAUCGGCCGCUGGACAGCCGAGCACGCCCUGGGCAACGGCUCAGUGGCAAUCGAUGGUGACCGGGCACUGGGUGAGCGGAUUGUCGAGGUGAGAUCAUGGCGAUGGCAUUUGCUGACCCGCGCGGACGAAUCCCUGGCGGCGGAAUGGGCUGCCGCCGAAUGGCCGGCGCAGGGCUACGAGGUCUUGCUGGUUUGCGACACCACCGGUGCCAGCCCCGGAACUCCGUGGGCGGUUUUUUGCCCCUCCAUGGAUGUGGUCAGCAACGGCCGUGACCCUCAGGAUGCGCUCAAUAUGAUUGCCGAUGCCAUCUACGAAGCGCUGACGGAUCGCGUAACGGCGGCGAAAGGCGACGCAUAUGAUGAAGUCGUCGACAACAGCGAAGAACUUUACGAAGUCAUCAUCAUCGAGUCCGGCAAAGACUACGCCGUGCUAUGCCCCGGCAUACCCGGCGCCGUGUCACAAGGCGCUGACCGGGAGGAAGCUCUGAAGAUGAUUGCCGAUGCCAUGGCGAUGGCGCAAAUGUACCCGCUGCCCGGCGACGACACCGAACCUCGCCGGACAGAGUUGCGCGAGUUGGGGAAAGCCCGCAUUGCAGAACUGGUCGCAGAGUGCGAGCAAGAGGGCCUGGAGUAUUACGUGUGCGAGGUUGCGCCGCGGCUGAUAAGACCGUGGCUGGCAGUCGGAUAA